UGCCCACAGCUACCUGUAGCCUAACCCCCGCUGCAAUUUGAUUGGCUGAUUGCCAAGUGCUGUGGACGUCAUUUUCAGGUAGUUGUUGGAGUUUCUGCGGUCACCAUCGACGUGGAUUAUUUUCUACAGCAAAAUGUGUCUGUUUUUUUUGAAGAAAAACUUGAGAUGAAACGCCUCGGUGCCCACCAUCCGCCGGAUAUUGUUAUAAACCAAACAUCUGCUCCACAGCAUGGGCUCGGGGAGGACGCUGAAGUUCGCCCUGUGCGAGGUGCUGCAGUUUGCAGGCCUGUGCGUGCCACUCUUCAUCGUCAUGCAGAGGUUCGCCGUCAUCGUAGCAAAGGUCAAAACGUCGGCGCGGCCCCCUGGAGACGGCAGCACGGCCUACUGGUUGAUCGUGGCCUCCUCCAUUGCCUAUGUCACCUCCACCGCCCUGCUGGUCUGGGUACCCAUGAAGUAUAUGGUCUUUGCAAAGAAGAAGUUUCUCAUUGGGAGGAAGAAGUGGAGGCCUGUGACGCUCGUAUAUGUGAUCCUGUCCACAUUGCCCUGCUUUGCCUUUCUCAUCGCCAGCUCUGAGGUUCAGAUAAAUAACCACAUGACACAUGAUACGUUCACGGAGCUCCCUGUAUCACUAGUGCUCUUCUCUCUCAUCUGUAUUGACGUUGUGGAAAGGAUACGACACUGCAGACUGACCGGCCAGGGUAAUGACAUGGAGAGAGAUGCUGACAUCCCCUCCACUGUCCUCACACAUGUGGAACAGGUAACACCAGUCACACCUAUCACUCCAGCUGCAUCGGGGCCAGCUGUGCCCGGGCAAGCUAGGCCAAAUCCUAUGCCACCCGGAGCAAACCAGCACAAUGACAGGAACCAGAAUGGAGCAGGGGCUCGACCAGAGACCAACGGCACAGUCCCUGGGAUACCAGGUAAUCCUGGGAGACCAUUUAGCAUCUCUGGAUUGAGCUCACAAUCGGCGAGCACCACAGCGUACCGCAUAUCUCCGUACUCCUACACGGGUCCACUGAGAUUCCUGUGUGCCAGCGAUGCCCGAGCGGACGUAUUUGUGGACAGCUUUAUGUUCUGGAUGGACACAGUAGAGAUGGUGAGGGUAGCAGGACAUCCCCUUGUCUACUACUCAGGCUGGGUGUUCCCCAUCUACAUCUUCAGCUACCUGUCUUGCCUGCGGGUGGUGGUCAUGCCCCACAGCCCCCUGCUUCCCUCACUAGGAGUGGCCGUGCAGGACUUUCCCUUCUUCUUUGUGCGUGUUGGCCUCAUUGCCUUCUUUGGCUUUGUCACACCCCUCCUCUAUCUGAUGAAGAACCUGCUGGUCUGCCUAGCCUUUGUCUAUUUCAACUUCAUGACCAGGCUGAGGAUCUUCAACACAGAGAGGAUGUUCUUUUGAGACCAGCACUUCAGGCAAAGACAGAGCACAUUAAAACGUAUAUUACAAACAGUAGGUUGGCACAAAGGAUGCAAAGAUUCAGGAGGAGGUCGCACGAGCUGACUUCAUAAGUUCAAACUUAGUUAUAACUUAAGUGUUUACUAAAGGGCAGAUUCUCUAAUAUAUUGAGAUUUGUUCCUAAAUAUUCACAUCCAGUAACUGCCAGGUGUAACUGUUACAGCUAACUGAACCAACUAAUAAAAAUAACGUUAGUCGACACAGAAGAGAUAUUUUGUUAAAAUGCAUGAUGGUACUUUUUACAGGCCAAAAGGGAGCUCUUAGGCAAUGUUUUCCCAUUUAAGGUGUCAAAUGACUGUUGUGUUAUGUAUUAUUUACCUUUAUGUUCAAGCAUACUUUUUUUUUUUUACCCUCACUCUCACCAAGCAUGGCACUUUGGGAAUGUACCUGUAAUGUAAUUUGAGAGUUUAUAGCAGAUUUCUUUUCUACCAUUAUAAAGUGCAGUGAAUAUGUAAAAGCAUAAAUACAUGUUGUUUAGAUUAGGUUUUUCUUUGCUAAGUUAUAUUUACAAAAGAGAAACAAAGUGUGAGUUUGUAUCAUUGAUACAUAUAUUUUGGUAAGAUUAAUAAAGACAACCAUUUAAACAUA